AAACUUGUAAGUUGUGACUGGUGAAGACAAGAACAUAUUCUAAACCUGCAAAAACUAAACAAGAGCGACGAUGGAAGCACAGGGUGCGCAACAGCCAUGGAUGAUGAGCGCACAACCGCAACCACAGUACGCUUACGGAGCACCGCCGCCGCCACCGUCGCAACCCUACCACCAACCGACGUCACACGAAGAAAUCCGUACCCUCUGGAUUGGCGAUUUACCCUACUGGGCCGAUGAGUCCUACCUUCAUUCCUGGUUCGCCCCCACUAACGAGGUGCUUUCAAUAAAGGUAAUUCGUAACAAAGCAACAGGCCUUCCAGAAGGUUACGGGUUCGUGGAAUUCGCUUCACACGCUACAGCAGAAACUGUUCUUCAAACAUACAACGGAACACAAGUUCCCGGAACCGAGUUAACCUUCAGGUUAAACUGGGCGUCUUCAGGAAUCGGAGAACGACGACCCGAUGCCGGUCCGGAACAUUCUAUUUUCGUAGGUGAUUUAGCACCUGAUGUUACCGAUCAUCUAUUACAAGAGACUUUCAGGACUCAAUAUCCGUCUGUUAGAGGGGCCAAAGUUGUGACCGAUGCCAACACGGGUCGGUCAAAGGGAUAUGGUUUUGUUAAAUUUGCAGAUGAGAUGGAGAGAAACCGUGCAAUGACUGAGAUGAACGGGAUUUACUGCUCGACUCGACCCAUGCGAAUCAGUGCGGCAACUCCAAAGAAGCCCACGGUCUUUCAACAGCAAUAUGUUGCACCAAAAGGGUUAUAUCCAGCUUCUGCCAUUGCUAUGGACACCGAUCCAACUAACACGACAGUUUAUAUCGGCAGUCUUGAUUCUGCUGUUACAGAGGAAGAAUUGAGGCAGAUUUUCUUGCAGUUUGGGGAAAUAGUUUAUGUCAAGAUCCCUGCAGCUAAGGGAUGUGGGUUUGUGCAGUUUGUAGCUAGGACAUCUGCUGAAGAAGCAAUUCAAAGGAUGCAUGGAAGCCAGAUUGGUCAACUUGUUGUCCACCUUUCUUGGGGAAAAAGCAAGCAGGACCCAUCUGGAGUGUGGGCCCCACAAGCCGAUCCGACUCAAUGGAGCAGUGCAUACUACGGUUAUGGACAAGGUUAUGAUGCUUAUGCCUAUGGAGCAACUCAAGAUCCAUCAUUAUAUGCAUAUGGUGCAUAUGGCGGUUAUAUGCAGUAUCCUCAACAGGGUGAAGGUGAACAGGAUAUGGGAGCAGUGGCAGGCGUUGCGCCCGCUGUCGAACAUAGGGAGGAAAUAUAUGAUCCGUUAGCCACACCAGAUGUCGACAGGUUGAAUUCUGCCUAUCUUGCUACACACGGAAGUGCGAUAUUGGGCCGUCCUAUGUGGCAGAAAACGUCAUCUUCUUCGUUACAAGCGUAGCUAUAAUGUUGUUCUAUGAACGAAAAGCGAGCUAGUUGCUAGUUCACAAGAGUUUGGUAAUAGUAGAAGCUACAAUUCUGUAAUGGAGGUUGUAGAUUUAACCCGAUUUAUUGAAUGGCGACUUUUAUAGAUAUGGGGUUUUACUUGCUAAAGCGUUUAUGACAUGCUUAAUUCAUUCAUUCAA